UAAUGGCAUUUAAUUUUAACUUUAGAGAAACAAGUUUAGUUUUUUUUAGUUGAUUAAGAGAGACUCGGCGUCAAAGUUUGCUAAUAUAUAUUCAAUUUGAGGCAACUAAAGCGGAAUGAAUGAAAACACAACAGCAAAAACUGAUUACAAAAUAGCGCACGAUAAAGCCACUCUAGCAUUAGAUACUUCAGAUCUUAAUACUGAAACAGAAACAACAGGAAAAAAGAGAAAGAGAAAGGAAGUUCAAAGAUUUAAAAUUCUCAAUGAAAAUGAUGAGCCUAAUGUUGAUUUUUGUCCUAAUAAGUUGUCACUUCAUGGAACAUCAAGUAGCACCAGAAACACGUGUGCCCCAAAUGUAGAGUGUAAAAUUUUUCCUCCUAGUAAUGAGAAGUCGAUUCCUUUUUCAAUAUUUAACAAAAGUUCUGUUUCAUUAAAUAGUUCUUUAGAUAAUGACACUAGUUCAUAUUUUCAAAAUGGUCAAAUUUUGUCACCAAAUAAUAGGACAGAAAAGCUCGUUGUGAUGGAAAACAGGCAGAAAUCCAAUGAAAAGAUAUUAAAAACUAUUCUUAUGAGGUUAGAAAGCUGUACAAAUGAGUCUUCAAUUGAAGAUUUACCUGUCACAUUGCCUGUUCAAAAUUGGCAGGAUUUGAUAAUAUUAGAUGAAAUGAGUUCUUCUGUUGGUUUGUCAAGGUUGCUUGGUGUAAUUGGUGGGAGCAAUUUGAAAUCAAUUACAUAUAACAUAAUGAAUCAGCUAGUAUGUCAUGAACUAGCACUAAAAAUGAAUUGGAGUGAUAAAUACAAAAAUAAACACGCCUUUGGAAAGUUAAAAAAAAUUCCUGGCAUAGUAUAUAUUGCAGUUCAAAAGCAUGAAAAAGGAGGAAGUAAUGCAGAUGUUGAAAAGUGCAUAAAAAGGUGGCUAAUGCAAGCUCCGGACAGAAAUGGUGGCCGCGCACAACGUGCUUUAAAAACUUUAACUCAAAACUCUUGAAUUUUCUUUGAUAUAUUAUAUUUUACUUUCAUUACUUAAGUAUAACAUUUUUUUUAUA